AUGGCCUUUGCCCAGAACCUGUCUCGUCUCAUCGUCCCCGUCGCCAUUGCCGGCGCGCUCAUCGAUGCGUCGAUGUAUGACGUUCCCGGCGGCUACCGUGCGGUCAUGUUCGACCGUUUCUCCGGUGUGCAGCCCAACGCUUCUGGCGAGGGCACCCACUUCCUCGUCCCCUGGCUGCAAAAGGCCAUCCUGUACGAUGUCCGCAUCAAGCCUCGCGUGCGUACCCCUCCUUUUGCAGCUCUGUGGCCUCCAUGUCUUCCUCUUUGGCCACAGCGUGUACAUGUUGCGCAGUGUACUGACUACGGCAGAACAUCUCGACCACCACCGGCUCGAAGGAUGGUCUCGCUGACCCUCCGUGUCAUGUCGCGCCCGGACGUCAACCACCUGUCCGAGAUUUACCAGAACCUCGGCCUUGACUACGACGAGCGUGUCCUGCCCUCGAUCGGUAACGAGGUGCUCAAGGCCACUGUGGCCCAGUUUGACGCCUCGGAGCUCAUUACCAACCGUGAGAUUGUGUCGGCACGUAUCCGCGACGACCUCCUCAACCGUGCAAAGGAGUUCAACCUUGUUCUCGAGGACGUUUCUAUCACCCACAUGACCUUCGGCAAGGAGUUCACCACCGCCGUUGAGCAGAAGCAGAUUGCCCAGCAGGACGCCGAGCGCGCCAAGUUUGUGGUCGAAAAGGCCGAGCAGGAGCGCCAGGCCGCCGUCAUCCGCGCCGAGGGUGAGGCCGAGGCCGCCUCGACCAUCUCCGCCGCCCUCGCCAAGGCCGGUGACGCCUUUGUCCAGUUCCGCAAGAUCGAGACUGCGCGCGAGAUUGCCGGCUCGCUCUCGCAGUCCCGGAACGUCUCGUACGUGCCCGCCUCGGGCGGCAACCUCCUUCUCCAGGUUCCUCCCGCAAAGUCGGUCUAG